ACCCUACCCCAUUUUGCAGAAACAGCGUUUACCUCUUUUUUCUGUAAAAAAGUGUUUUUUAUAAAUAAUUAACAGAAAGUAUGGAUUUUCAAAAUCGGGCCGGCGGCAAGACCGGUAGCGGUGGCGUCGCCUCAUGGUCGGAGACGAAUCGGGAGCGUAAGGAACGUCUGCGGCAGCUGGCGCUCGAGACUAUUGAUUUGAACAAGGAUCCAUAUUUUAUGAAAAAUCAUCUUGGCUCCUAUGAGUGCAAACUUUGUCUAACACUGCACAACAACGAGGGCAGCUAUUUGGCGCAUACUCAGGGCAAGAAGCAUCAAGAGAAUUUGGCCCGACGUGCAGCAAAAGAAGCCAAGGAAGCGCCCUCAUCGCUGCUGGCACCGGAGAAGCCGCGAGUGGAGCCCAAGAAGUUUGUAAAAAUCGGUCGACCCGGUUAUCGAGUGACCAAACAACGUGAGCCUACCAAUGGCCAGCAGUCGCUACUCUUCCAGAUCGACUAUCCCGAGAUAAGCGAGGGAAUUGUGCCACGACAUCGUUUCAUGUCCGCCUAUGAGCAAAAGAUCGAGCCACCAGAUCGCAAGUGGCAGUAUCUACUCUACGCUGCCGAGCCAUACGAGACGAUUGGAUUCAAGGUGCCGUCUCGUGAAGUGGAAAAAGCAGAGGGCAAAUUCUGGACGCACUGGAAUCGAGAUACCAAACAAUUCUUCUUGCAAUUUGCAUUCAAAUUUGAGCCUAAAAUAUUACCACCACCGCCACCGAACCUACAUCGUGCUCUGGGGCCACCAGGCGGCUUUCCAAUGCCUGGACCACCACGUCCGGCCAUGCAUCCCAUGUUCAACGGAGUUCCGCCGCCACCACCCAUGUAGUCGUCACACAUUUGUAAACAUCUUUUCUAUUAAUAAAUUUCUAUCAAUAUAAAA